AUGGCAAAGUUUUUGAAGGUGUUAACGCUUCUUGCUGCAGUGAUGCUUCCAGCUCAGACCGAAGCCAGCUUCGUUGACAACUGCACCACGUUCAACUCAAACUUAUGGACCAAGGCCGACUGGGCGCAGGGGUUGGGUUCUGUGCAGUCUGCAAAUGUGAAUCCAAGCGGUGGAGGCGUGUUGAACUUUGAGAUUCCUGCUGGAACUCAUAAUGGAGGAGAGAUUAGAUCGAAGGCGCAAUACUCCUUCGGCCAAGUCGCUGCGAAUUUCAAGGUUCCAAAUCUACCUGGAAUUAUCUCGAGUAUUUUUAUGUACCAGGGAACCUCUACUAGCGACGAGAUCGACAUCGAAGUAUAUCUGAACAAAGGCAAAUGGGAGAUUGCGUUCACAGUUUACCGUCUGGGAGUCAAGGAAUGGGUUCAUUCAUACUUCCCAACCUGGGACCCAAGCACCGGAUACAAUGACUAUAUGAUUGACUAUCAAGAGUCUGCUAUCUCAUUCUACAUUAACGGCGCAUUGGAAGCUCAAUUUCAUACACCAUCGCAGCAGCCCAUUCAUCCUAUGAAUAUUCAGCUCAACGCCUGGUACCCGGAGUGGUUGAACGGUCCCCUCGCCGCAUCUACCGAAUUCUUUCAAGUCAACCAAAUAUCUUACACACAGUCUUGA